AUGCACAUAGAGCGUAGAAUCAUGGGCAAUGCAAACGGAAGGAUCCGUUGCUGCCAUAGGCGCGGAUCGGUUGGCGGUUCUGAAGUUCGUCAUAAUGAUAAAAGUAAACAAGUAGGAGCCGUUCCUAAAGGAGCUCGAAAUGUAAAUACUGUUGCCACUAAAACGGUGGAAAGUGAACCGAAAGGGCCGCCUCCGAGGGAUAGGCAGUCGUCUUCUCAUUCCGUUUCUGCUUUAGUGUCUACUGGAUUUGUGGAGCCAAAGUUCGAGGGUUGGGACGACAAGGUGUUGGCAUCUUUACUAGGUGGCCAACCUACAAAGCUUGAAAACGUGGUUGGUACCGAUAUAGGUAACGGUAUGGUCGAGCGGGGUCCAGUUUUGCUGCCUGAUGGAUCCGUGUACUGUGGUCAGUGGCGCGGCGAUAUACGUCAUGGUUUGGGGAAGCACUUUGCUAUGGACGGUACGCGUUACGUCGGUUCCUUUGACUCUAAUCUCUACGAUGGUACCGGGGAGCUCACUUAUGUCAACGGUGACAACUUCAAAGGUAUUUUCAAGGCUGGGUUGCGUAACGGUAAGGGUGUGAUGCUGUAUGCGAAUGGCGACACUUUCGAUGGCACUUGGCGCAACGGCCUGCGACAUGGUUUUGGCGUCGAGCGUUUUGCUGAUGGCUCUGUGUACAUGGGUAUGUUUAAGGACAACAGGCGUGAUGGGAAUGGUGAGCUGAAGAUGAGCAACGGAGUGGUGUACGAGGGCAUGUUUGACAACGACGUGACUGGACAGGGUCGAAUGGUUUGGCCUACUGGUGAGAGUUACAUGGGCGAAUUUCGUCACGGUUUUAAGCACAAUUAUGGUAUGACUACUUACCGUAGUGGCCCAGUGGUGAGCGAGAAAGGCACUUACAAUAUGGGUCGGAUGGACGGGGUAUUCGAAUGUGUUAUGCGCGACGGUCAUACAUUCCUGCGCAUUUACAAGAACGGAGAGCUAGUGAAGGACAUAACUAACAACAAGAACGCUGUCAAACGCAUGAAAUCGGUGCAUGUUAACGGCAUAUCCGGCGGAGGUUUGGUUUUGGUCGACGAAGAGGUAAAUAAGAACGGUGCUAGGAGCCAUAUUUAG